AUGGGUGAUGCACCUCUGAGAAUUUUCGAAAGGACAAAUCAUUCUGUUAUUUAUAUCAGAAUUCCCUUUCUACCUCCAUCGCCAGCCAACGAGAAUUCGAAUUAUCAGCAGCGACCGGCAUUAUGGACUGGCAAAGAUGUUGUUGAUUUUAUGAGAAAAGCCUGGGACCUUGAUCCUCCAGAGCUGAUUAUAUCGGUGACUGGCGGUGCUAGAGAUUUUAAAAUGCCUACACGUUUGCGUAAUGCAUUUCAAAGAGGAUUGAUAGCAGCUGCUGAGACUACAGAUGCUUGGAUCAUAACUGGCGGGACCAACUCUGGUGUUAUGAAAGAAGUCGGUGAUGCUAUUGAUAAGUAUCGCUACAAAAAUACAAAAAAACGAUCAGAAAUUCCCUGUAUUGCAAUAUCUAGCUGGCAUUACACCACAGACGUUGAAGAUUUAAGACAAAUACCGCCAGAUCCCCAUUCGAUUGAAGCCGUAACCUCUACCAUUCUCGAUUUGACCAUCGAGAAUACUGUCAGCCGAGUUAAAUCAUACAAUAAUCGAAAACCAGAUCAUGAAAUCGAAGAAGGUUGUGAUAUUGAUCCCAAUCACACACAUUUUAUACUGUUAGACGACGGUUACCCACCGAAAGGGAAAAAUGAGGGGGAAGACUGGCGAAAAUUUUAUCCAAAAGAACAAGCUAAUUGUAGAGCUGAUCUUAUCUUAAAUAUGCGAGCUGAAAUAGAGCAAGAAGCUGCAAUGAUGCCAGGCGAAGCGAUUAAAAUUCCAAUUAUUCAAGUUUUAACAGAAGGCGGCGCUUCUUCGAUUUUAACGAUUUGCAACGCUUUAGAGAAAAAUACGCCAGUUAUUGUUAUUAAAGAUUCUGGACGAGCAGCAGAUACGAUUGCUGCACUUCAUAAGCUCUUAUAUGGCGUCGAAACAGAUCGAUUCCUUAAAAUAUACGAAGAUUCAGAAAAAAAUCAAGAAAUACAACAGAAAUUUAAUCGAACAUUAGAGUUAAUGGAUAAUCAAAUAGUGAAUAAUACCAAUCGAACCGUCUUCGGAAAUUUAAUGAAAUCUAAAAAAGGAUAUUUUUUAAUCACCAUAUUUCAGUUUCGAUUGGGCGAGGUGGAAAAUAAACUAGAUGAUGCCAUUUUGCAAGCACUAUUUAAUGGUAUUACAUAG